CAGAUGCGUCCUACCGGUCUGUUGAUGAGCUCAGUCUUGCAGCUGAGGAAGAAGCGAAGACUCGAGCAUGUGUACGGUUCGUUCCCCUUGUCUGGUCUGGUCUGCAAGCGCCCCCUGAUUCUGAGUUCUUGAUGCUUGCACUGCAUUGCGCCCCCAUCCAGCAACCGCCCCUCAGAACACUUCUGGUGCUAUACCUACCUAGGCAGGCAAUUGAAAAGGCGCUUCGUCAAUCUUGCCACACUGCAAAUCUGCGCAAAUCCUGAUUGGAAUUGACUCGCUCAUUGCAAGCUGUCUGCCUUGAUCGUGCAAAGAUGAACUUCUUCGGUCGUCGCCUCUCUUUGGAUACGUCUCGAAAUGGAGCUGCGGAGGAUUCCCCUGUGAGCACCCCUGUUGGCACCCCGACCUCGCCAGGUAUGUGGAAGGGCAACCCGCAGCUCAGCAGCAGCAAACCCAUCAACAUUCCCCAGGGAAACAGCCGCAUGGCACCCGCUGAGGACGACAGGACCCCAUCUUUGCUGCAGUCUGCAUCCUCGAAGCUGCUGGCCCGUGCUCAGAGUGCCCCGAACCCCCACAUCGAGCGCCCCACGUCCUAUGAUGAGCGUGCUGACCCCGAGAGCAACGUCAUCGGGGAGCGGCUGCUCUGGUGGUUGCUGUUCCCCCCCGGAAACUUUUGAGUGCAUUCAUCGGAGGUAGUGUGUUGCUGCCGGGCGGCUCAGAUAGAUUAAGUGCGACCAUUCACUGCAAGAGUUUGAUGGUGGCAGUUGAGGCCCUGCCUCUGCAAGUCCGUGGAGGCAGGCAGUGUGCCUGGAAUCAGUAGAUCAGAGCGCAGGUCCUGAUGAAGGGGGGGAGUGUGUGACAGUCCGUGUUCCUCUUCAUCUUUGAUUGGGGUGGUAGCGUAGGACUUGACCUCCCCGAGGCGGAUGUCCCGGUGUAACCAUGUAGAGGGCAGCCGUGUCAAAGGGUAGACUAAGGUUUAAGCAAAGCCUGGCAGCGAGUGUGCAUGCAAGCUUUGAGGGCUUUGCAUUGCAGCAGUUUGUCGGGGGCCCAUUCUUGUGGGACACCAUGCAAGGUUUUUAGUUAGCACGGGCUUGCAUUGGGGUUCCCUAGGUAUCUGAAGUGGUAUAUGCAGGCUCAGUUUCAGCGGAGCCAGUGCAUGCUACUUCCUUGUAGAAAGGUAUUACAAAGCAGCGGCUCCGUUGUGAAUAGAAUGCAAGCCUUUGGUAGCUCGAAGCUUGCUGAAUUAGCUUGGGACUGCCUUCUUAUAGUUCCCAAGUUAAGAGAGUCCGUCCUGCGUUAGUGUUCUGUACCACAAGAAAGACGAGCCUGCUAGCUGUAGAGGGUUUGGCAAACUGUAAUCAACGCACUGUAUGUAGUAUACAGAAUGAGUGUGAGAUCUUGUAAUGAGACUGAGUUUAUACUCCUUUUUCGCCUGUUCAAUACAUCAAGUUUCCUAAGUUUCAGAAAUUAUGUUUCCAGUGGCCUUUCUCAGAACUUGUGUGUUGCUUGUGGAUAACAUGGGAAGACAUGGCUUCCACGUAAUCUUGACUUUGAC